CUCUUUCUCCCCUACACGCUGCGUAAGCAAGCAUGAGGGCGCGACGCACCAGGUUCUCUCCCCUCUUACAAGCAAAAUACUGCACUCGAGGGAGGACUGACGAGUAGGGUGGGUGGUUUUUUUUUUGUUUUUUUUUUCUGCUGGAGUGCCGCGUGUUAUGGAUCAGAGCACCGCAUGCUCGUUCUCUCUCUGUCCCUCUCUCUUUCUCUCUAUCUAGGUCUACUCCAUCCUGAAGCACAGAGAGGAGAGUGAGAGUGAUGCUGGAGACACAAGCCUGAUUUUGAGCAUCCCUGUAGUCGCACUCAUCCCCUAUUUUGACAAAAUAAAGAACCACUAACACUCCAUCACGUACACGCAUACCUGCUGUAACCAUGACAACCUCGGCCCUGCGUCGGCAGGUGAAGAACAUCGUACACAACUACUCGGAGGCUGAAGUCAAAGUGCGCGAGGCGACCUCCAAUGACCCCUGGGGGCCGUCCAGCUCCCUGAUGUCAGAGAUUGCUGAGCUGACGUUUAGCGUAGCUGCUUUCAGCGAAGUCAUGGCCAUGGUGUGGAAACGCCUUAAUGAUCAUGGCAAGAACUGGAGGCAUGUCUACAAGGCCCUGACCUUGCUUGACUACUUGGCCAAGACGGGUUCGGAGCGCGUAGCACAGCAGUGCCGUGAAAAUGCCUUCACUAUCCAGACACUGCGUGACUUCCAAUACGUCGACCGGGACGGACGCGAUCAGGGGGUCAAUGUGCGUGAGAAGGCCAAGCAGCUGGUGGCAUUGCUCAGGGAUGAGGACAGGCUUAGACAAGAAAGGGCACUGGCGCUCAAGACAAAGGAAAGAUUAGCAAGUGCAGGAGGGGGUGGAGGGUCAGGGACAGCGCCUCCGUCAUACCCAAGCAGGAGAAGCAGCCAGCCGAGCAUGGCAGCACUAUAUGGAGAGGAGUUCAGUCGCUCCAGAGGAUCUCCGUCCUCCUUUACCUCUUCUCCCUCGUCCCCACGAGCCUCUGAUCUGGAGCACUCUCGACCUCAAACCAGCGGAGAGGAAGAGCUGCAGCUACAGCUGGCACUUGCCAUGAGUCGAGAGGAGCACCGCAAAGGUCAAGAGGAUGAACCCCAAGUUAAAAAACCUGUAAACAAGAUCAGGAGACACAGUGACUCUGGGUCAAGGGAGUCAGCCAUGAUUGAUCUGGUCGAUGUAUUUGGACCAUCUGGCCAAUCUGAAGCACCACCCAGUGAUGAUCUCUGGGAUGCCCAGCCUUCAUGCCCUUUAACUUCUGAUCCUUGGGAGUCUAUAGAUGGGGUUAACACCAGUACUCCUGUAGUAGGUAGUCCUUGGAAACCCCACCCAUCUUCCAGUAGCCCAGAUGACCAUUGGGCUACGCACCAAUCUCCACCAGACCCAUGGGGAGCCCUCCCCACUACGUCAACAUCGAAAUCCACAGAACAGCCCUGGAGGAGUCCAGUUCGACCAGCCUCAGCAGGUGUCGACCCAUUUUCUAUUCGUGAGGAGGAGGAACCUGAAGACAAACGGCCCAACAGUGUGUUUAGUCCUCGCUGUGAGAGUCCAGCAGAUAUGGACCCGUUUGCUGACUUGAUGGUGGGUGGGCAGGUAAAUGGCAGAGUUGAGACAAGUUCGGUGACGUUUGAUUGCUCUCAUCUUGGACCUCCAGUGGAUCCAGUUACCCCUAGAAAAUGCUGUACCCCAGAGGCUUUUCUCGGCCCCACUGCUGCUUCACUCAUCAACCUAGACACAUUAAUUCCCUCAAAACAACAGCCGCAAACACAACCUGUAAACCCCUCAAAUAUACUGGCUAAGAGCAAAAACCCUUUCCUUUCAGGUCUGAGUGCUCCCUCACCCACUAACCCAUUCCACUGUGACCAACGCAGACUGACUCUGAAUCAGAUGCGUCCGAACUCCACUUCCCCGUUGCCUGCACAUGCUUUGCCUGGUGCUCUUCCCUACAGUGCCUCUCUUCCCCUGCCCUCAUCCCAAAACACGCUCCAGCCUCCGGACCUGCCCCCUAACCUUCCCCAGCCAUUGUUGCCCCUCUCAUCAAUGCCCCGCCUUCAAACAGCCCCCCAGCUCCAGAGCCACAGCAACAAUCCCUUUCUCUGAAGGCCACAAAUGGCUUGAAAGAGAUCUGAAGCAAAGCUACGUAUUAACUCCAUGGCAAGUUGGAGCUGAAGUGAAACAUGUCGGAUAUGCACAGAAACUGAAUUUAAUUUGAACCAACAAAUCUGAAUUUAGCAUAUUAAAAAUUCUGAAUAUAAUAAAAUCACGCAUUAGUCUUUAGAGUAAAACUUCCCACAGAAUUUCAGGAUACCUAAAUUAUUAUUUAGAGAAUUAAUGUUAAAUCAAAUUAAAUGAUCAAAAAGCUGUACUCUUUUAAUUACGUGCUAACAGAUACUCUGUCAUCUAGGGUCUCUAGCAUGCUGCUUAUAAGAUGGAGUUCAGCUUUGAAGUGCUGCUUAUGAGAUGGAGUUUAGCUGUCAAUCAGCAUGGCUCUGCCCCUUGCACAACCAAAAGGACUCGACCAAUGAUAGACAUGACCAAAAUUUUAGGCAUCCUGUCAUGAACUGAGGCUCUGUUUCUCCUCUCAGCAAAGCUCACUUUGUAUCUCUUGCCUUCUGUCUAUGGAUACUUGCCUAACCAGGGUCCGGCUUCGAUUGUAACCCUAGGCUUCUCCUCAAAGAACCAUGUGCCUGACUCAGUGGCUUGCCCACAAUGCACCGGAGGAGGGCACCUCCAAGACACAACAUGGACCUCAGGAUCCCUGCUAACCAAAACCUGCACAACCAAGAAAGUGUUCACAAGAAAAUGUCUUUAUGUGAAUAAUUUUAAGCUAAAAUAAAAACUUGAUGGAUGAAAAGAAUAAUGAACAAAAAUAGUUGGGUUCUAUAUUGUAAUGCUGAUCUACUCGAUGUUGUUCUUUGGUUGAAAAAUCUAUCGAGUUAUUUAUAAAUACAAGCUUUAUUGGCUAAGGCUGAAUGGGUUUAGUGCAUCCUGUAAGAAGACAAAUACAUUCAGGUUAAUAUUUAAUCAAGACAUGUGAUAUACAGUAUAUCAGUAAGCAACAAUAAAUAAAUACUAUUUGCAUUUUACAGUGUUACACGUGGUUUAUUAGAACAACAAUUAAUUUUCUGGGUGGCAUUUGGCCCCUAUGGGUGAGCCUUGGGUGCCUAGGAUCUUGUACUGUAACUGAUUUAUCUGUAUUUAAUUGAUAAUUAAUGUUUAUAUUUUUAUAGACAAUUUACAUAUUCCAUAUUGGCUGCUGGCUACUGGUACUGCUGGUAUGGAUACUUUUACGUUUUUUAAAACUUAAAAAAAAAGGUACACGGGUGAGACCUUUAAAGCUGCUAUAACAUAAUCAUGUGUCAUGUCUUUUUUGUAAAGAAGACAGAGAGAAACAGAAACUCAACGGUCAUACAGUCGGACAUGUUCACACCUGCAUGACGUGACGAUCACUGUUAAGCAGGUUUUAGGUACACCUGCCAAAGUGUGUGUGUGUGUUUUGGGGUGUGUAAAUGUGAUUGCAGUCAAGCAUGAAAUGACACACUGUUCUGGCCUAAGUGAGAUAAAGAGACUAUUAACAGUGGCUAUAAGGUUAAGUGGUUAUACUAAGAAAGACCUGCCAUUUUAGAUAAAGUACAAAUAUCCACCAUAUUUGGCAUUUAGU